UACUACACAGCACAUAGAUAAAAUACGAAAAGCAGCAGCAGCAGCAGCAGCCACAGCGAGAGGGUGAGAGGCAGACACCGCAGAUGGAGGCUCUUAAAGCCUGGACCCUCUCUUCUAAGCCCUUUCGCCACCUCCUCCACUUCGCCUCUUCCACCACCAGAACCAGGCCUUGCUACUCUACUCUGGUUCUCCGCUCUUCCACCAAACCCUCCGCUCCCGCAUCCACCUCCUCCAGGGUCGCUGGUCGCAACCGCAGGUCAUCGUCCUCCUCUUCUUCUUCCUCCACAUCAGACCGAGAGGCUGUCCGGGCCAUUAGGCUUAAAAAGGUUGAAGAAUUGAGAAGCAAAGGCCUUGAACCCUACGCCUAUAAGUGGGAUAGGACUCAUACGGCAAAUCAAUUACAAGAAAUAUACAAGCAUCUAGCCAAUGGUGAAGAGUCAAGUGAUGUGAGUGAUCCUGUGUCUAUAGCAGGCAGAAUUGUUGCUCGCAGAGCAUUUGGAAAGCUUGCCUUUUUGACACUAAGAGAUGACUCGGGAACCAUUCAGCUUUACUGUGAGAAGGAAAGGCUCUUAAAUGGUCAGUUUGAGCAAUUGAAGACGCAUGUUGAUAUUGGUGAUAUAUUGGGUGCUAGUGGUUCAAUGAAGCGAACUGAGAAAGGUGAGCUUUCAGUUUGUGUUAAUUCUUUCACUAUUCUUACAAAAUCCCUACUUCCGCUGCCGGACAAAUAUCAUGGCCUAACUGAUGUAGAUAAGCGUUACCGCCAAAGAUAUGUUGAUAUGAUUGCAAAUCCUGAAGUUGCUGAUGUCUUUCGUAAAAGAGCUAAGAUUGUUUCUGAGAUUCGGAAGACAGUGGAAUCAUUAGGUUUUGUUGAAGUUGAAACUCCAGUUCUACAGGGAGCAGCCGGUGGAGCAGAGGCUAGACCAUUUGUAACAUAUCAUAAUUCUCUUGGGAGGGAUCUUUAUCUGAGAAUUGCAACUGAACUUCACUUAAAGAGAAUGUUGGUUGGAGGAUUUGAGAAAGUAUAUGAGAUUGGCAGAAUAUUCCGAAAUGAGGGCAUUUCAACUCGUCAUAAUCCAGAGUUUACCACAAUAGAGAUGUAUGAAGCAUUUUCAGACUACCAAAGCAUGAUGAACAUGGCAGAGGAAAUUGUCACUCGCUGUGCUCUUGCUGUUCAUGGGAAGCUUACUAUUGAAUACCAGGGGAUAGAGAUUUGUCUGGAGCAGCCUUGGAGGAGGGAAACUAUGCACAAUCUUGUAAAAGAGGUCACUGGGAUUGAUUUCAGUGAGUUGAGUAAUAAUCUAAAACAAGCUAAAGAUGCUACUUUGAAGACACUUGGAUCUGUGCUUGAAAAUAAAGACAAAUCUGCCAUCGAACUGUCCCCUUCUGUUGGCCACCUCCUGAAUGAGGUUUUUGAAAUUGUUGUGGAGCCAAAGCUUGUGCAACCCACAUUCGUUUUGGACUAUCCUAUUGAGAUAUCUCCUUUAGCCAAACCACAUCGAAGGCACAUAGGCUUGACUGAGAGAUUUGAACUCUUCAUCUGUGGCCGUGAAUUGGCCAACGCAUUUUCUGAAUUGACUGAUCCUAUGGAUCAGAGGGGACGCUUGGAAGAGCAAGUGAGGCAGCACAAUGAGAAGAGGGCAGCAGCUAUUUCAGAAUCAGAACGGGCAGAAGAGAGCAAAAAUGAACAUGAGGAUGAUUCAUAUGAAGUCACACUUGAUGAUGACUUUUUAACUGCCUUGGAAUAUGGAAUGCCUCCUGCUUCUGGAAUGGGACUUGGAAUUGACAGGCUGGUGAUGCUUUUGACGAACUCUCCUAGUAUCCGAGAUGUUAUUGCUUUUCCUGUGCUCAAGGUUCAGCAAUAGGUUGCAAUAAAAACCUGUUAGUUGCUGGGGAAGCACUGGGUGGGGUUUGAGUUCCUCCAUAUGAAAUGAAAUUUUGGCUUAUUUAGCAAGGCUUUUUAUUUUUUCCAUAGACUUCAGAAAUGCAGUAAGCCUGUUACAAUUUAUGUUUGCCCUUUGGCAUUUUUGGAGGUUUCUCUCCCAUUUAGAUCAAGAAUUUCCGUGAUCAAAA